AUGAAAGAGUACGAAGCACGAAUAGAUCUAAUAAUCGAUCAAUAUUGCAGUAAAAGGCCUUACAGAUGCUCAAUAGAAGACAAAAUGGAGAUAGAAGAACAAAUCACAAAACUUUUAAGGAAAAAUCUCAUCGAAGAAUCAUAUAGCCCAUUCGCAGCCCCAGUAACAUUAGCUUUUAAAAAAGAUGAAAAUAAGAAAUCAAGACUUUGUAUCGACUUUAGAGAUCUAAAUAAAAAUAUAAUACCACAAGCGCAACCGUUCCCAAUAAUAGACGACCUAAUAAUAAAAACUAGAAAUUGCAAAUAUUUCACAACACUAGAUAUAAACUCGGCUUUCUGGUCAAUCCCACUACGAAUUGAAGACAGAAGAAAAACAGCAUUCGUCACACAAGAAGGACACUUCCAAUGGACCUGCCUACCAUUCGGUCUAAAAACAUCACCGGCGAUUUUUCAACGAAUCUUAAAAUUAGGUACAAAAAUAAUAAAAGAAACACAUAAGGAAUGGUUCCACAUAGGCACUAGACAAAUGAUAAAUAAGACAUGCCCAUACUACACAACAAAAAACCUAACAAAGAAGAUCAAAAGAGAAUGUAAAAAUUGUGAAAUAUGCAUCAAGAACAAAUCAAGAGGCCAAAAGAAGUACGGUUUAAUGUCACACUUGGGACCAGCAACAAAACCGUUCGAAAUAAUGUCAAUAGAUACUAUUGGAGGCUUUGGAGGACAAAGAUCAACAAAGAAAUACCUCCACCUGAUAGUCGACCACUUCACCCGAUACGCAUUCAUUUCAACAUCAAAGACACAAAAUGCCACCGAUUUUAUUAAAUUAACAAAAAACGUGCUAGAAACAGACGAAAUUGAAACAAUACUAACAGAUCAAUACCCAGGAAUAAAUUCAAAAGAAUUUAAAGAGUUUCUAAAGGAGAAUGAUGUAAAACUGAUAUUCACUGCCGUAAACGCGCCGUUCUCAAACGGCCUGAACGAGAGAUUGAACCAAACACUAAUCAAUAAAAUAAGAUGA